AUGAAACUGCAGAUCUGCCUCCUUCUCCUUACGGCCAUCGUUCUGGUCUCCUGCUGGGAGGUUAGUGCGGACACCACCACCACCCACCGCCCUACUACCUCGAAGAAACCGCUGGGUGCCGCCGCCGGGGACGAGAAAAAGCACGGCGAGCAUGAAGGAAAGCAGUGGCAAAAACAGCAAAAUGAGGACGACGACGACGACGACGAUGACGAAUAG